UACCACACACGUGUUAAAAAAGAAUAUAAAACACGUGUGUUUCCAUCUAGAGUCAACGCUUUCCCCAAUCAAGCCAUUGACAGACCUAAGCUGAAUAAAGAAUCCAAGAUGAAUCUUCAUUCAAUCUGCGUGGUGCUGAUGAUCUUCUCCUUUACUGAAGCUAAUGAAGCCACUCCCGUGAAGGAACUGGACAUAACCAAAUAUUUGGGUCUGUGGUAUGAGGUAAGCUAAGUUCUAAAAAUCACUGUAGAGUUAAAAGCAAAGGAAACUGCUAUUUAAAAGUUAAUUUUAAAAGAAUGAAAAUUAUUUCAAGCCCUUUCAAAAUGUUUAGUUGGCAGUCCUGAUAAAGGGACAAGAUUUUCCAGAGCAAGGAUUAUUUCUUUCUUUCCCUGAACGGCAGGUUUUAUGAGCUUUUUAGCAAACGUUUUCUAUUUUAGUCUGCAUGGCGGUUCAUAUCUUAGGUCAGAAACUCGGGAACCCGUGAAUCACUUCUAAGACAAAAUACUGCGAAAGGAAGUUUCUUGCAAAGGCAGGAGGAAAUGCGUUGAACAAAAGGCUUAAUUCUAAAGAGACUGCGCUCUUAGCCGCAAAAGUUAGCUUCGCCGGUGGCAAUCAAAAACAUGAAUAUUAACGUUCAGUCAGGUCUGAUCGCGGUCCUACCAUCGUCUUGUCAAGGGUCUUCACGUUUGUUUGUCUUCCUCUCUCUGUUUAGCAAGUUCAGUACAUGGUAUGCGGUAAUUUCUAAAUUGUUAUGGCAGUUGGAAAGCGUUUUUUGUUUGGUUUGUUUGUAUUUUAUAAGAUAAUGUAGAUGAUGAACAUGUCAACACUAUGCUACUAGUUUGCAUCAAACCAGAAUUGCUUUCCGUUCCCCAUCCAAAAAGGUGAUCGUCAUUUCUGGCUACGGGCAUAGUCAGGCGAUCUACCGUAUUUUAUCAGUUAUAAGACGUGAUUAAGUGUUGAACUCCAGUAGGCUGUUUAAGCAAGGAAAACGGGAACACCACCAGAGCAAUAGGUUUAACAUGAUGAAGACAAAAUCGUGCUACACGAGCGUUAAUUAAACAUUUUAGUGCAUUUAUUUGCUUUAAGCAACGACGACGCGGAUGGCAACGAGAACGGCGAAAAAGCAAUAGGUUUUGAUUGGCAGAACAACAACUUUGCACGUGCAUCACGCUUUUUUUGUACAUUUCUUUGCUGUCGUUGCCCGACUACAACGUGAAAAUGCCUGAAUUCACGUUUUGUCGAGGACGUGAACACAAGACAACAACUUUCUUUUCUUUUCCUGAACUUUCAUACAGUCCUUUAGAAUUCAACUCCAAAAACAUUUGCCAACAUUUGACGAAGUAAACGAGAUGUAGUAAGCGCGAUAAAGUUUGAAGCGGUGCGAAUUCACUUUUUAAGGGACGUUUUUGUAGCCGUCACCGUCGUUGUUGCUAAAGCUCCCUAAUGUGAGCCCACGACGGUGAAUCUUACACUCUCUAACUUUACUUCAACUCCGUUCUUACCAAUUUAGUCAAGGGUUACUUCGCCCUUACUUUACAGCGUGAACGAGACGGAAUAAUUGCAGUAAUCGCGAAGCAGUUGGUCGAUGCUUAUAACACCCUGGUAAAUAGUCACCGUUUUCCCUCAUUUCUGGGGCGUUGAAUUUAUGGAAGACUUGUCCUGCUCCUAGGUACGGUGUAUUGUUCAGUAUCACUAUUAACUCGGUGUUUCUCAUGAUUCAGAUGUACUACAAUCAAUUUGCUGCGAACGUUCAAGGCAGUGAUAUAUUUUGCACAACAGCGCAAUGUAAGUAUAUUUACUGAUUUCGGUCAGUAUUAUUUCAGUCCUAUUUUCCGUCAGUUUAUACAGCGAUAAAGCUAUAGUCGGUUGCACGGAGUUUCCUGAAUAAAACCAUAGUUAUUGGAGGAGACUGGUUAUGAAAAGCGGCAAACAUCAAUGAUAAAAACAACAGUGCUGCACUUCAUGUUCAAAGCACCGUGAAAGUGCACAAUCCUUUGUUUUCUGUUGGCAAAUUGUUACGGAAUAAAUUAAUGCAACGUUUUUAUUGGUCAAUACAAUCAAAAUGAUAGGAAUUCUUUUGAACGUUGUGCACUUUCAGGUCCACAAAAAUAUAUAACAAAGGCGUCUGACGGGUUUCAUAACCAUUCCACUCAAUUAACUAUGAUAAAACCGAACAAGCUAUGCAAUCAUUUGUUUUUCAUCUCACACUUCUCUGUUUUAUAAAAUGACAUUUCUUCUUUAAAUUGUCUAUGCCGACAUUGGCUCGUGGAAACUGAGAUUCACUUCUGCGACCUUCCCUCAAAGAUGUCCUCCUACAGCAGUGAACUCGCCCGCUAUUGACGUGUACCCUUUUUUAAACAUAAGAACAUCUAAUUUUGGGGCCGACGCUAAACCGAAAGUGGAAGUGUUCUCAUUUUUGCCAUGUUCUGAGUCUGAAACGUUCUUAGCCAUGUUCUUAAAUUACGCAGCACACAACGUCAGAAAACCAAUAUGAACGUUAUGACAUGACAUCAUAAAGAAAUGAAAUCAAAGGAAUCACGAAGCGAUAAGUGCGAUAUCGGUUUUUCCCUUGAAAUUUUACAUGGAAUCUACCGGUGAAGUAGCGAUAAUUUUUAUAAAGAAUAUCAUAUUAGACAUGAGGUUAUUUUCGGGUGGUAACAAAUAUAUUUUACGAACGAGCACGGUGAGUAAUGUAUUUUGUUCUUACCGCUACAAAAUAAAAUCAUAUCUCCAAGCCGCCAUAUCAUUUUCUUUUCAUUGUCAGAUGGACAUGAGCGUUAUCUCAAAUGACGUCAUUGAUAUCCUUACUAGUGAGCGGGAUGUGUAAAAUAAAAGCCACUCGAGUCCCGGAAGAAUUUUCGUGUGAACUUUAAGAGGGGUCUAUUUUCCAAUAAAACUAUUUUGCCUGUAUCGCAAAAGGGUGUGGGGUAACGUGUAAUUGAUCUGCUUGUACUUGAAGUGAUCAUAGUAAAGUUGGUUUCGGUUAUUCGUAGUUACCAGAUGCUUUUACCCGACCAAUAUGUCCAAAAGACCAUCCCAAUCGUUUUCUUUAAAUUCUUUACUCAUGGUACAGAUAUCGAAAAGACUUGAUCCAGCUUUCAAUUUGUAGUAAUCUCUAACAUGAAAUUCUAUAUUUUUUUUUUCAUAAGUUACGGACAAUGGAAACGGAACUGUUGCUUUAUUGUUCCUUCAACGCCUACAGAAUGAAACUGGACCGCUGGAUGAACCCUUCCCAGGAACCGCUGUACAAGUCGGAACGGGCGGAAACUUCACCAUUAAGUUCGAUAGUCUCCCUAACUCUGUUCCAUGUAAGUAGCAUUUUGUGAGUCGUUAGGUUUUCAAAAAAGAUGGGUAUAAUUUUCAACUGUGCUAUCACAAUAUUGACCAAAGCCAGAACAUGGACAGUUAGGGACCGGUCAUUAUUUAUGUAGAGGGAAGGGGGGGUGGGGAAAUAUGUUGUAAAGAUCAAAAUUUCUGUAAGCCCCCCCCCCCCUGCAGACCAUGUAAAUAGCAAAAGACCCCCUUUCUUUAUUCAAUAUUUACUCUGAUGACCCCCUCCCCCCCUCAUAUCUCCUCUUAUAUGCUCUACAAAGUAAUUAUUAAAAUGCAUGUAACAAUACUCUGUUAAGAGUGAAGACUUAAUUGGUAAAUAAACAUACUUAUUAUAAGAUGACUACUAUAGUUACUUUGCAUAAAAAUGCAACUAACCUACUCUAUCACAAAAUCAGCGUAUAAAUAUAGGAAAAUUGAUAGAUUUUUACAAAUCAUGCCUUCAUGGUAAACACAAAUGUAAUAACCGUGCAAAAUGUAAUUCUUUUCAAAUGAUUUUCCUGCAGUUGUAAAAGGACUACUUUCUUGUUGUUUCAUCAUGUUUUUCAGGCUUGGGAUAAGUGACACAAGCAUUUCGUUAAAAGAAAAUUCAGUCAAACCCGGAUUUUAUUAGUUAAAAUUUGAAAUAACAAUGAAGUUUAGAGUGCAAACAGAAUUCUAUCAAACACAAAUGACUGAGUUGUACAAAAUAGUGAUGCUUUAAAUCAACAAAAAGCAAUAGGAUUAGCAUAAAAUUGUACAAUUUAGCAUUACUGUUUCACAUAAUUAUACUGUUUUUGCUCUACUAUUUAACUGCUUUACCCAUCUUGGCCCCUGUUCACAUCGCGAUCAAUUUGCUGACCUCCCUAAACUUCUUUAUAAAAAAAGGUUUGGCCCCCCCCUAUUGCCAAUCUGAAAUAGCCUUGACCCCCCCUUCUUUUUUCCCUCCCCCCCCCUCGCUCUUUACAUAAAUAAUGUCCGGUCCCUUAGGAAGGAACAACUACGAGCAAAACAUUCCCACCUUUGAUGUAUUUGAAAUUCUAUCUAUCACUCUUUAUCACAUUUCAAAAAGAAUUUUUUUAUUCAAAUACUUUGAACUUAUUAAUUGGAGAGAUCUGGCUUUUUCAGUCGCUCUCUAAAUUGGCUAAAAGUAUUAUAUUGUUUCCAUAGAAUAGUCGCUUAUUGGGUGCCGUUUCCACUCCCUUAUAAUCUUUGACUCUUAAGUGAAGAUUUUCCCGAACAUUUACCAUCCCUGGGCAUUGUUACCGAAAGAAUGCGUUACCUCAGAUACACCAGUCCAAAACGUGUCACCGAUUUCAAGCUUGAGUGAUUUCUUUCUCUAGCCCAUUCCAGAGGCAAGUUUAAAUCCCUUUCGAGCAAAUUGUUCAUACCAUAUUCUCCACACUGUUGUCAUACCAGUUAAAGGGGCUUACCGAUUUUAUUCUCUUCUACCAGACUGGGUGAUUAGCCUUGGUCCUGAGAAAGACGGUCUUUACGAGUACUCCGUGGCUACUGACCCUUUCAAGAUGGGACUAUAUGUGCUUGCAAGAGACGUGGCGACCUUCAGGAUGAAAUAUGAACACGAGGUCUUGCUAUUUGUACGCGAACAAGGCUUCAUUCUUCCCAUCAAUAAACCCAUAGCUAUCCCUCAAAACGACAAAUGUCUGUAUCCCCCAACGGUGAAAGUCACUCCAGUGGCGGAACUGAACAUAACCAAAUAUUUGGGUCGGUGGUAUGAGGUAAGCUAAGUUCUAUUAAAAACCACUGUAGAGUAAAAGCAAAGGAAACUGCUAAAGUUAAUUUUAAAAGAGUGAAAAUGAUUUCAUACUCCUUGUUUGAAAAUCCCUUUCAAAAUGUUUAGUUGGCAGUCCUGAUAAAGGAACAAGAUUUUCCAGAGCAAGGAUUAUUUCUUUCUUUCCCUGAACAGGUUUUAUGAGCUUUUUAACAAACUCUCUCUAUUUGAGUCUGCAUAGCGGUUCAUAUCACAGGUCAGGAACUCGGGAACCCGUGAAUCACUUCUAAGACAAAUACUGCGAAAGGAACGGUUUCUUGCAUAGGCAGGAAGAAAUGCGUAGCACAAAAGGCUUCGAAAGAGACUGUGCUCUUAGCCGCAAAAGUAGCUUCGUGGCAAUCAAAUAACGUUCAGUCAGGUCUGAUCGGAUCGCGGUCCUACCAUCGUCUUGUCAAGGGUCUUCACGUUUGUUUGUCUUCCUCUCUCUGUUUAGCAAGUUCAGUACAUGGUAUGGAGUAAUUUCUAAAUUGUUUUGGAAGUUAGAAAGUGGUUUUUGUUUGGUUUGUUUGUAUUUUAUAAUAUAAUGUAGAUGAUGAACAUGUCAACACUAUGCAGUGACUAUGCUACUAGUUUGCAUCAAACCAAAAUUGCUUCGCCUUCCCCAUCCAAAAAGGUAAUCUUCAUUUCUGGCUACGGGGAUAGUCAGGCGAUCUACCGUAUUCCAUCGGUUAUAAGGCGUAAUUCAGUGUUGAGCUCCAGUGGGAAGUUUAAGAAAAGACAACGGGAACACCACAAGAGCAAUAGGUUUUAUUUUCAUUUAUUUUAUUUAUUUAGUCACUCACAAAACCUUAUACAACGUGAAGAAAAGUGGUUAAUUAAAUUAUAAAUUAAUGUGACAAGGAAGCCUAACGAAGCUUGAAGCUUAUAUUAAUAGGCUUCCUAGUUCAACUAGUGAGCAAGAUCAGAACAAGGUAAGCGACCGAUCGGCUAUCAAUGAGAUAAUCCUUUCAAUCUUUUUAAAAACAAAUAUAGAAGGAGAGCUAAUUAGAGAAAUAGGCAACGAAUUCCAGAGUUUAGGUCCUCGGUAAAGGAUAGUAAAUUGCUAAAUCGUGCUACACGAGCGUUAAUUAAACAUUUUAGUGCAUUUAUUUGCCGUCUUCUGCAAAACAACAACGUGAAAUUAAGAAAUUCAAGGUUCUGUGGAGAACGUGAUCCCACGACGGUGAAUCUUUCACUCUCUAUCUUUACUUCAACUCCGUUCUUACCAAUUUAGUCAAGGGUUACUUCGCCCUUACUUUACAACGUGAACGAGACGGAAUAAUCGCAGUAAUCGCGAAGCAGUUCGUCGAUGCUUAAACACCCUGGUAAAUAGUCACCGUUUUCCCUCAUUUCUGGGGCGUUUAAUUUAUGGAAGACUUGUCCUGCUCCUAGGUACGGUGUAUUGUUCAGUAUCACUAUUAACUCGUUGUUUCUCAUGAUUCAGAUGUACUACAAUCAAUUUGCUGCGCACGUUCAAGGCACUGAUAUAUUUUGCACAACAGCGCAAUGUAAGUAUAUUUACUGAUUUCGGUCAGUAUUAUUUCAGUCCUACUUUCCGUCAGUUUAUACAGCGAUAAAGCUAUAGUCGGUUGCACGGAAUUUCCUGUAUAAAACCGAACAAGCUAUGCAAUCAUUUGUUUUUCACCUCACGCUUCUCUGUUUUAUAAAAUGACAUUUCUUCUUUAAAUUGUCUAUGCCGACAUUGGCUCGUGGAAACUGAGAUUCACUUCUGCGACCUUCCUUCAAAGAUGUCCUCCUGCAGCAGUGAACUCGCCCGCUAUUGACGUGUACCCUUUUUUUAAUAUAAGAACAUCUAAUUUUGGGGCCGACGCUGAACCGAAAGUGAAUGUUCUCAUUUUUUGCCAUGUUCUUAAAUUACGCAGCACAGAACGUCAGAACACCAAUAUGAACGUUACCAUGAAAGAAGAAAAGGACCAUUGCACACUGCAUCGUGUCAAAUUCCUAUAACAUACGUCACGGGCACCCAACGAGGAAAUUUCAUUAAAAUGUUUAAAAGUUGUUUCUUGCGUUCGCAGAUCAUUUUUUUACAUUUUGAACAGGUAUUUAGGCGGGCUAUAGGUGGCCUGAUCUGUUCGGAUUUCUUAGCUGAAUAUGCUAGAGGCAGAAAAUUUUAGGGAUUGAAAACUCAUUUCCCCCUCCGAAAUUGCUAACUGACCUUUUUUCAUCCAAAAUUAUUUCAAAAUAUUUAGCUUCCAGAAAACCGGCCAAGGGACUAAGUUUCGUCACGUUACGAAAGUUCGACGUAGCAUUUAAUCGGAGAAAACCUUAAAGAAAUGACACCAAAGGAAUCACGAAGCGAUUAGUGCGAUAGCGGUUUUUCCCUUGAAAUUUUACAUGGAAUCUACCCGAGUGUGAAGUAGCAAUAACUUUUGGAAAGAAAUAGAGGAUAUUACAUGGCCGCUUGGAGAUACGAAAUUUCUCUUCGAGUGUUGAAAAAUAUUUUUUCAACACUCGAAGAGAAAUUUUGUAUCUCCAAGCGGCCAUGUAAUGUUCUAUUUAUUAUAUAAACACCAAUAAUAUACCAAACCAUUUCACUUUGAUAGUUUUUUGUGUCAAAGGCGCAAUUUAUCAUGUAGCCAUAGCAACGGUGAUAUUUUCACAUGUGAAGAUAACAAGUUUUCGCGCGGAAGCUCACCUGGUAUUUCAUUGGUAUUCAUUGGUGUUAUCAUAUUAGACAUGUACAGAGGUUAUUUUUGGGUAGUAACAAAUAUAUCUUAAGAACGAGCACAGCGAGUAAUAUAUUUUGUUCUUACCGAGACAAAAUAAAAUCAUAUCUUCAAGCCGCCAUGUCAUUUUCUUGAUCCAGCUUUCAAUUUGUAGUAAUCUCUAACAUGAAAUUGUAUAAUUUUUUUUUCAUAAGUUACCGACAAUGGAAACGGAACUGUUGCUUUAUUGUUCCUUCAACGCCUACAGAGUGAAACUGGACCGCUGGAUGAACCCUUCCCAGGAACCGCUGUACAAGAUGGAAAGGGCGGAAAGUUCACCAUUAAGUUCGAUCGUCUCCCUACCUCUGUUCCAUGUAAGUAGCAUUUUGUGAGUUGUUAGGUUUUCAAAAAAGAUGGGUAUAAUUUUCAACUAUGCUAUCACAAUAUUGACCAAAGCCAGAACAUGGACAGUUAGAAAGAAGAACCCCGGGACGAGAAAUACAUUCCGGAUUAAGAUACCCACCUCUGAUUAUUUGAAAUUCUAUCUAUCACUCUUUAUCGCAUUUCAAAAAGACUGUUUUAUUCAAACUCUAAAUUGGCUAAAAGUAUUAUAUUGUCGCCAUAGACUAGUCGCUUAUUGGGUGCCGUUUCCACUCCCUUAUAAUCUCUGACUCUUAAGUGAAGAUUUCCCCGAACAUUUUCCAUCCCUGGGCAUUGUUACCGAAAGAAUGCGUUACCUCAGAGACACCAGUCCAAAACGUGUCACCGAUUUCAAGCUUGAGUGGUUUGUUUCUCUAGCCCAUUCCAGAGGCAAGUUUAAAUCCCUUUCGUGCAAAUUGUUCAUACCAUUUUCUCCACACUGUUGUCAUACCAGUUAAAGGGGCUUACCGAUUUUAUUCUCUUCUACCAGACUGGGUGAUUAGCCUUGGUCCUGAGAAAGACGGUCUUUACGAGUACUCCGUGGCUACUGACCCUUUCAAGAUGGGACUAUAUGUGCUUGCAAGAGACGUGGCGACCUUCAAGCUGAAAUAUGAACAGGAGGUCUUGCUAUUUGUACGCAAACAAGGCUUCAUUCUUCCCAUCAAUAAACCCAUACCUAUCCCUCAAAACGACAAAUGUCUGUAUCCACCUAAAACUCUUAAUCACGACUCGUCGGAGUUGUAA